UCUUGCCCCGCUCAUAGCGGAAGUGCAGUAUCAAAACAAACCAGUCACCACCCGGCGUCUAAAUCAACACUAACACCCUCAAGGAGUCUCAGGUAGUGGCACAAAACCCCACAUGUAUGCACGCAUUUUACCCUUUAAAGACACUCCUGCGACUGCAUUUAUUGUGAAAGUUGUGCAUGCAAAUCUUCCAAAGACAAUCAUGUCACGAAAACUCCGCGCCAGCAGGACUGAAGGAGUCGAUAAAAACGUUUGGGUUGAAUUUACACAGCUUGCAGCCAACUACAAAGUGGUCAACCUCGGGCAAGGCUUCCCGGACUUUGCUCCUCCUGAAUUUAUUCAAGAUGCCUUCCGUAAAGCUCUGAGUGGAGGUCCCACCAUGCAUCAGUACACACGUGCCUUUGGUCACCCUCCUCUUGUGAAGAUCUUGGCCAAAUUCUUCAGCGGGAUUUUUGCACAUGAGAUCGACCCUAUGGAGGACAUCCUGGUCACCGUUGGCGCCUACCAGGCGCUCUUCUGUGCUUUCCAGGCCCUAAUUGACGAAGGAGAUGAGGUGAUCAUCGUGGAGCCUUUCUUCGACUGCUACCAGCCCAUGGUGAAGAUGACGGGUGGGAAGGCUGUCUAUGUUCCUCUGAGGCCAAGAGUGGAAAGCGGCGACAGCGUCCUGUCAAGCGGCGACUGGGUCCUGUCCGCCGACGAGCUGGCCGCUAAAUUCACCCCGCGCACAAAAGCCAUCGUCAUCAACACGCCCAACAACCCACUCGGGAAGGUCUAUAAGAGGGCAGAGCUCCAGAUGAUCGCUGACUUGUGCGUCAAACAUGACGUGCUGUGCAUCAGUGACGAGGUGUACGAGUGGCUCACUUACGACGCUGCCAACCACGUGAAAAUAGCCAGCCUGCCCGGCAUGUGGGAGCGCACCAUCACAAUUGGAAGCGCAGGGAAGACGUUCAGCGCGACGGGGUGGAAGGUGGGCUGGGCUAUCGGCGCCGGACCUGUCAUCAAUCAUAUGAAGACCAUCCAUCAGAACUCUGUGUACCACUGUGCCACGGCUGCUCAGGAGGCGGUCGCUCGCGGCUUUGAGCGAGAGUAUGAGCUUUUUGGCUCGGCGGAUAGCUACUUCCAGCAGCUGCCCGCCAUGUUGCACCACAAGAGGGAGAAUCUGGCCAAGUGUUUGGAGAGCGUGGGUUUGAAGCCCAUAAUGCCCGAGGGCGGCUACUUCAUGAUGGCGGACAUCUCCUCUGUCAAGGUGGACCUCAACGACCCGAGCACCAAAGACGAAUGCUACGACUUUAGAUUCGUCAAAUGGUUAAUUAAAGAGAAGGGUUUAGCGACCAUACCCGUGUCGGCCUUCUUCAGUCCAGAGCACAGCAAAGAGUUUGACAAAUACAUCCGCAUCUGCUUCGUCAAGGAGGACGCCACCUUGGAGGCAGCACAGGAUAUCCUGAGAAAGUGGAGUCGGGGAGAAUACAUGUCUGACUCGAUACCUGCGAAGAAACCCAAAAUGAUGUUCACUCAGCCCGAGGAGAAGGUGGACUGGAGGAAAAGGAAAGUGUUAUUAAAGGAAGCCAAGAGGCAAAGGAAAGCCGCCAAGCUCAUCAAACAGUUGGAAAGGGAGAAACAGGCUAUAGAGAAAGUGAAAAUUGAACAGGAGCAGAUACUUAAAGGUCGUCCUUACACCGUGACUGUGGCUCUACCCGGUUCUGUCCUGGACAACGCUCAGUCGGCCGAGCUUCGGACCUAUCUGGCGGGACAGAUCGCACGUGCUUGUGUUGUUUUCUGUGUGGACGAGAUCGUCGUGUUUGACGAGCAUGGGAAAGAUGCCAAGACUGUGGAAGGAGAGUUUACCGGUGUUGGCCGGAAAGGACACGGUUGUAUUCAGCUUGCCAGGAUACUGCAAUACCUUGAAUGUCCACAGUAUCUGCGCAAGAUGUUCUUCCCAAAGCAUCAAGACUUGCAGUAUGCAGGAUUGCUGAACCCUUUGGACAGUCCCCACCACAUGAGGAUCGAUGAGGAAUCGGAAUACCGAGAAGGCAUCGUCCUCAACAGGCCACCGAAAGCAGGAAAAGGCUCUUUUGUCAACUGUGGGAUGAGGAAGGAGGUUGGGAUCGAUAAACAUCUGCAGCCGGGUCUGCGAGUCACUGUGCAGCUCAACAGCACACAGAAGCCAGAGAGCAAAAAUUUCAAAGGGGUGGUGGUGGCUCCUCAGGUGCCCAGGACCCAUGGCGGUCUCUACUGGGGUUACACGGUCCGCCUGGCGUCCUGCCUCAGUGCAGUGUUCACAGAAAGUCCACACAAGAAAGGCUACGAUCUCAGCAUCGGGACGUCUGAAAAAGGCAGCCACGUAGAUGAGACCAAGCUGCCGCCAUUCAAGCAUCUUCUGUUGGUUUUCGGAGGCCUCGAAGGCUUGGAGGCCAGUUUGGACGCUGACCAAAACCUGAACGUGACAUGUCCCAGCGACCUCUUUGACCACUACAUCAACACGUGUCCCAGUCAGGGAAGCCGCACCAUUCGCACAGAAGAAGCCAUUUUAAUUUCCAUGGCAGCGCUGAGACCGAAGAUAGCUGCAGCCUUUUCCAAUAGUUAAAAGAAUGGAGUAAGAUAUUUAGGACUGCAGUGGGUACAGGAGAGGGAACAAUGUCAUCUAAUUUGUAUAAUUUACAACUUUUAUGGGCGCUGUAAGAGACAAAGUGGGCAAAAAACGUCCAAAGAACUGUUUGCUACAUUUUUUUUUUAACAGAAAUCUGGAUACGGGCUAAAUUUUGCUAAUAAAUAAAUCCACCAAGUUUGCAACUCUC